AUGGGGUGCACGUCGUCAAGCCGAAAUUUUGAGACGGAUUCUGAGCAGCGCGGCAAUUUGUUAGAAAGGGGAAAGGAGCGUGUACCGGUAAGUGCCGUGUCUGAAACCUCGCCUCGAGGCUCAAAGGGCAGAGCAAAUGAUGUCUACGAUGCCGUCACCGUUGCUGUUACUGCUACAAGCCGCGAAUCCACGGUUUUUACAGACUACCGAGGAGUGGAGUUGCACAUGACGAACUCUACGCCUGCCAAGACGAACACCGUCUGCCGAUGGCUUGAUUCGAUACUUGAGAUCCGAGAGCGUAAUGGCGGGUUCUUUUUUGAUCAAAAAAGUGAGGCCUCUUCCGGGAGUCACGGGGGGAUCCUGAUAGAUACUGAUAGCACCUCUUUAACAAUGGUUCAGGAGGGCAACAUCUCCUUCCCCAACCGGCUCAAUGUAAGUAUGUGUGCUCCAGGAGCGCCCUGCAGUGUCCGGCGGGUGGGAAAAAUACGGACUACAGCAAAAUCUUCUGAAUACCCACAGGAACCAUCAAAGCUUCUAGCCGAGUUACAUAACAAGGAGAAAAUGCCAGUUGUAGGCAGGCUUGGGACACCGGAAAAUACCAUGACGAUAUCAGUCUUCUCCCCUGUGGGGGAUUUGCAACAUACAUGA